AUGAGGCUCACAUUCUCCAGCUUGGUCGUGGUGAUGGAUUUGAUGCUUAAUGUCUCGUUGGCUUACAAUGAUCAAGUCUAUCAUGUGACAGUGUUUAGACCUCGGGUGCGUCCAUGUAGUUUUGUACUUAUCUGCCAUUCUGAACGGGGUGUUGGUGAUACAGAGUUCAUGUUCUGCACAUUACCUGAGGAGGAGCAGGCCGUUGUUGCUGACAUUGCAUAUGCCAUCGUCCCCCCGAGGGAGUUCCUGGCCACGACCGACGCCGAGGGCAACAGCGUGGUGGGCCGCGUGACGUCAUCGGCGCCGACCCUGACCCGCGCCCGCUGCUGCAACUGCCCGGAAGUUGCAGUGCCGGAUGCGGUGGUGGACCAGCUGGUGCGCGCCAUGAGGAAGGUCGUGCUCGACAUCCUCGAGGACAACGCCACGUCCUCGCUGCUCAGAGCCCGCGUGUCCCGCCAGAGGAUGGUCGUGACGCGGGACGACCGACAGCGAUCCUCCUCCUCGUCUUCGUCGUCGUCGUCUUCCUCCUCUUCGUCGACGUCGAACGCUUCCAGCUCGCCUCUGCCGCCCGGCCUCCCCGCCCCCCCCGCCGUGGCCACCAUCUCGCCCGCGCCCGCCAAAGCCUCCGCGAAGGCCGUCAGGGCCACGAGGGCGCCCUGCUCGGAAGCCUUGGCUGGGGACGCACGCCCGCCGCCGCCCUCCGCGGCCUCCUCGCCCUCCUGCUCCACCCCUUCUUCCUGGCUCUCUUCCCCUACCGCUUCUUCUCCGUCCUCUAGGGAUGACAGAGAGGGGAAGAGGGAAGCAGGAAAAAGGGAAGUAGGUGGAGGAGGAGGAGGAGGAGGGGACGCAAGGCCGCCUCCUUCAGGGAAGGAAGAUGAAGAGAUAAGCCUCCCCGGCGUGUCGGAGGAGGAGAGCCCUCAGGGCGUGCAGGCCGCGACGCCGCCGGAGAUAAAACACACCGAGCCCAUCUUCCUUCGCAGCCCGCGGAGGGUGGAGGAGAACCUGGCCAUCUCGCACUCCUUCGUCAGGUUCCGCGAGGACGGCGGUGCGCCGCCCCCGCGCGGGCCCUCGUCGCCCGUCCUCAAGAAGACCAGCCUGGUCGCCCAGGGGGACGAGCUGCAGGUCAGACUCAACGCCAUCCUCCGCUCCAGCCACCGCAGGAGCCGCGACAUGAGGCAGUCCUCGCUGUGCUCCUUCGAGGAGGACUACGCCGUAUCUCCGCCCCCCCUCCAGUCCCCCUCCGCGUACCAGUACCAGCUGGCGUGCGACCGCCUCGAGCCCCCGCGGCCGCUGGAGACCACCGACUCCUGGAUGUACUACAGGGAGCCAGCCUCGCCGCAGUUCUCUCUGAAAGCGGACGCGGUUGUGGACUGCGCCUCCUCCGUUCAGCCCUCCGCAGCUGCCCCCGCUGGAGGAGGCGCAGCAGCAGGAGGAGGAGGAGGAACGUGCACGCACGCCCCGCCAGGAGGAUGCCCGGCUCCCCAGGCCGAGGACCAGCACCCGCAGGCCCAUGUUCCUCUUUACGCCAAGCCUCCGAAGUACUCCAUCUUCACCAUAAGCGGCACUCUGACGGACCCCUUCGGAACCAACGCCAAGUACUCCCUCAGAAGCCUCUCCACGGCGCAUUUCUAACGAAGGGAAGCCUAUGUGAUCCUCACGAAGCCUGGACGAAGGGCCUCGACACACAUUUCAUACUCAAAUCUACCCCAGUAUAUGGCUGCGUGCCAUUCUUGACAUCACGAAAGUCAUUAUAUUUUUAUAUUGUACAAAGAAAAGAUAAGUAAGCGAAUACAGUAACGAUCAGUGUGACGCAGCGCGAGAAACCAUCCUCCAGGACGCGCCGGGAAGAGAAUAAGCCCGAUUCCUCGCCUGACAGGAUGAGCGACGCGCCUCCCUCCUCGGGCUUGGCCUCGCAGACCCUCUCGAGACCUCUCAAGACCAACGGCUUCCGGACCAACGUUGCAAUUAUGCUGUUCACUCACACUUCGCGCUGC